AUGGACUUUCCAACGACGUUAGCGUUCAACCUCCCAUCGGUCCAUGAUCACUGUCAGUUAGAAUGCCGCCUUCGAUUGCCGUCCUCGCUCAGAAGCAAAGAUCUCGGACAGCACUCAACCCUUGGAAUUCGAGGCGCGAUUAUUGCACAUCCCUAUGCCCCUUUAGGUGGCUCCUAUGACGAUGCAGUAGUGGACUUCCUAAGCUCGGAGCUGCUACAAGCCGGGUAUGUAGUGACAACAUUCAAUUUCCGGGGUGCAGGCGGCUCAGGAGGGCGCACCAGCUGGACCGGCAAGCCUGAAUUAGGAGAUUAUGUUGCCGUCUAUGGGUUUAUGCUGCGAUAUCUCCAUCAUCUGCACACAGCACUGUCCGUCGAACCGACGACUCGUCUAGGCGGAGCUAUUCAUUUGAUCAUUGGUGGAUACUCAUUCGGAUCCCUCAUCGCCUCACAUGUUCCGACACUUGAUGUCAUGCUAGAUCUAUUCAGUGGUGCGCGACGAAGCGAAACUCCAUGGACUGCAAUUAAUGAGAUUGGUGAUGCUGCGAGGACAAUCGCUGACGAAUGUCUCCGGCAUCUCCGCUCGGCCCAGGAAUCGCCGACUGAUCACCGUGAUGUGUUUGACCAACCAUUACCUCACGCAGCGACGCAGAUCUCGUAUCUCCUUGUGUCACCAUUGCUGCCGCCCGUCAGUCAGCUGCUGACUGCUUUCUCGGCCCUCUCGGUGACUCUGGGGGGUCGAACCUCCACAGAAGGACGACCCGCCGGUCGGCCAAUCGAUCAGCUAAGCGGGUUCCGAACGCUGGCAUUAUUUGGAGAUCAAGACGCUUUUACAUCUGCUCGAAAGCUCCGACGUUGGGCUGAAGACAUGAACUGCAUCCCCCAGAGUCAGUUUCGAGGCUGCGAAAUCCAGGGCGCUGGUCAUUUUUGGCGAGAAUCUGGGGUGGAGACUCGUGCGAGACUCGCUCUCCGAGAGUGGCUCCAGUCAUGA